AAGGUCAACCAGUGUGAUGCUCACAGUACGACUGACAGAUGAUGGGGAGGGUUGUUUUCAGCUAUGUAACGUGUUCAGGCAGAACAUGGAGAUAGACCAGUGUCUGCUGGAGUCUCUGCCGUUGGGCCAGCGUCAGAGGCUGGUCAGACGCAUGCGUUGCGAGCAGCUGAGGGUCUACUACGAGCGCGAGCGGACGCUACAGAAGCAGAGCUUCCCCAAGCCCCGGUCCACCAACCGCAAAAAACAAAGAAUCAGCUUCACGCUUUCAGACGUCAUCCAGGACACCAUCAUACGACACGAUGACAAAGAGGUGCUGAGGCUGCUGAAGGAGGGAGCUGACCUGAACACAGUGAUUUCCUCAGGAGGAUCUCUGCUCCAUCUGGCUGGAGUCAACGUGCUCCUGCAGGAUGUGAACGGGAACAUUCCACUCGACUACGCCACAGAGGGCACGGAAACCAGCUACAUCCUCAUCAGACACCUGGAGGAGAAUAUCAACGUGCUCCUGCAGGAUGUGAAUGGCAACAUUCCACUCGACUACGCCACAGAGGGGACGGAAACCAGCUACAUCCUCAUCAGACACCUGGAGGAGAAUGGAGUGGACAUGAGCUCUUUGCACCAGAUGAAGACCCAGCGCUCAUCCACCAUGUUGUCUGACGUGAGGCAGCUGGUCAGCAGCGGGGGGAGCGUCAAUCAACAGAAUGAUGACGGGGUCACGCUGCUACACAUCGCCAGUGCCAGUGGUUAUAAGGAGGUGGUGUCUCUGCUGCUGGAGAACGGGGCAGACGUCCAGGUGUCUGACAACAACUACUGGACACCCUUACAUCUGGCUGCCAAAUAUGGGCAGACCCACAUUGUGAGCCAGCUGUUGAAGCACAAAGCAGAUCCUACUCUCCUGAACUGCAACCAGGACAAGCCCUCAGAUUUGACUGCUACUGAGCAGAUUGCAGAGAUGCUGAUGAGAGCAGAGGAAUUCUGGGUACAGAGACAGACAGACCCCUCGGCUCCGCCUCCACAAUCAGAAGAGCACUGCACAGAGGUCAACCAGGACAGCAGCCUGCCUGUAAAGAAAUUGGCUACUAUGGCUCUACCCAUCUCUAGGAGGGACAGUUUGUUGGAGAAGGAGGCCAUGUUCAGGGACUCGGGAGGAGCUCUGACACGGCAGCCUUCACUUGAUAACGGGCUGGAUGGAUCAUAUCCCAGUGCUGCAGGAAAACUGGAGCAGGUGAAACUAAUGCCUCCUGCUCCUAAUGAUGACCUGGCAUCCCUCAGUGAGCUCACAGACAGCAGCCUGCUCUAUGAGAUGCAGAAGCGGUUUGCUAACGACCAGAUAUAUACCUACAUUGGACACAUUCUUCUCCUUAUUAACCCUUAUAAGGACCUGCCCAUCUACUCCAAUCUCGUCAGUCAGUUGUACCUGAGCUCCAGUGGUCGUCUGUGUUCCUCUCUCCCGCCUCAUAUCUUCUCUUCAGCUGAGCGAGCUUAUCACAUGAUGCUGCAGGAGCGACGCCCACAGUGUUUUAUCAUCAGUGGAGAGAGUGGUUCUGGGAAGUCUGUGGCCUGUAAGCACAUCCUGAAACACCUGGCUGCUCGCUCAAGUCCCAAAGGCUUCGCUUUAGAGCCACGAAUGAAGCAUGUGAAUGUGAUCUUGGAAGCUUUUGGUCAUGCUAAGACUCCGAUAAACUCCUCAGCAAGCCGUUUCAUCAAGCUGAUCUCACUGCAGUACUGUGAGAAGAGAAAGACUCUACUCAGAGGCCGUCUGUACACUUACAUGCUGGAGAAGUCGAGAGUAAUCUGCGCUCCACUGCAUCAGCAGAACUUUAACAUCUUCUACUUAAUGGCUGAGGGGCUUUCAGCAGAGGAGAAGAGCAAUCUAUAUCUAAACAAUGUCCUAGCCCACAGGUGUAUGAGCACAGCUGCUCCCGGUGAAACUCCUGCAGUAGCUACAGCGUGUCUUCAGAGCAGAGAGAAGCUCUCGACCCUUAAACAGGCUCUGCGUGCUCUCGGCUUCAACAGACUGGAGUUGGAAAAUUUGUUUGUGGUCCUCUCUGCGCUGCUGCACUUGGGAGACGUGCGCUUCACCGCCCUGACCGACGCUGACACUGCAUUUGUGUCUGACUUACAGCUGCUAGAUAGAGUGGCUGGGAUGUUGCAGGUGAGCUCUGAAGAUCUAGGCUCUGCCCUCACCUCUGAUGUGCAGUGUUUCAAAGGUGAUGUCAUAACAAGGCGCCACACCGUUGAAAUGUCCAACCAUCACAGAGAUCUCUUGGCGAAAGCUCUGUACGGACGACUCUUCAGCUUCUUGGUCAAUAACAUUAACUUUUACCUCCAAGGCCAUGAAGAAAGCACUGGUGAUCCUGCCCUUGAGAUAAGCAUCCUGGACAUCUUUGGCUUUGAGGAAUUCCAGCGCAAUGGUUAUGAAAAGCUGUGCGUGAACAUGGUGAAUGAACGGAUCAGGCAGUUCACCGCAGACGUGCUCUUCCAGCAGGAGCGACAGGAAUGUCUGCAGGAGGGGGUUGCCAUGGAGACGCUACGCUCCCUCGGCAACCAGACAGCGGUGCUGGACUUCUUCUUCCAGAAGCCUCAGGGUGUGCUGUGUAUCAUUGAUGAGGAGAGUCAGUCCCUCAGGCCAUGUGAAGUCAAACUUUAUAAGCGACUGCAGAUACAGCUGGAUUCCUCUGGUACAGACGCCGUCUCACUCACGACUAAGGAUGGCAAUGGGAACCCCCCACCCAAAGACCAGGGGCCAUCAUUUACCAUCACUCACUAUGCCGGCAAGGUGACCUAUGACCUGACCGGCUCACUGGACAAGAACAAGGAUGUUCUUCCCCAAAACAUCUUGUUUGUUAUGAAAACAAGUGAGAACGUGCUCAUCCAUCAAAUGUUCCAGUGUAAGCUGACUCAGACGGGCUCAUUGGUUCCCCACCACCAGCGACUGAAGCUCCGCGGGCCCAAAGGCACUCUGCUUAACAAGAGCACUACGCUAGAUCCUGCCAGAGACGCCAAGAAAUAUGUGGAAUUGAACAAGCUCCUGAAGAAAAAGGGAGCGACGUCCUUCCUGCAGAGACUGGAGCGUUGUGGACCGGUCACUGUGGCAGUGCAGCUUAGGAACUCUCUUUGUGAGAUCACCAGUAAGCUGCAAGCGUGUACGCCUCACUUUGUUCAGUGUGUCAGGCCCAACAACGCCGGGAAGCCUGACGUGUUUGACAGCUUCCACGUGUCCUCACAGCUCCAGUAUGUGGGAGUUCUGGAGAUGGUCCGCAUGAUCCGCUAUGGAUACCCAGUCCGCCUGUCUUUCACCAGCUUCCUGAGCAGGAACACAAAAGCCACCGCAGCAGAUGCUGAGAAGUCAUCCGGACUCCAGCGGUUCCUGCAGGGAGCAGAGGACUUGAGUAUGCGUGCCUACGACAGCCUGGUCAUCCAAAACGCAGCCGAUAUUGCACGAGAGAACGACCGCCUCCGGGGUCACAUCAGUGCUCCACCACUAGGUGAACGACCGGAACCUAAUCAUAAUGCAAUGGACAUGAAACUUGUCAGCCUGGUACGAGGCGGCCACUGCUUAGGCCUUAUCCAGCGAGCAGCAUCUGCAGAUGGUCCCCAUUCUUCUGUGCUAAGCCUCUACCCCUGUCAGGAUGAGGAGGAUGUGUAUAUCGAGAUGGUGGGGGCCUCAAGAGUCCUCAGCCUGGCUGACUCCCACAGUCCUGAACUGGGAGAGGCAGUAUACGAGGAAAUGAAAUACUUCCCACCUGACGAGGUGGGGUCAGUUCCAGUGGCCAAGCCUGAAACUGUCAAUCCCGCUACCACUACCCUACCUGCCCCAGUGCUGGAAGUCAAGAGGCCCGUGACAUUGAUAGAGCACUCUGGCACACUCGGAGGAAAGCAGCAGGGCAAGGAUGGGACGGCAUGUGACAUUCCAGCACCAUUCCCCAACCUCCUUUCACACCGUCCCCCACUUCUAGUCUUCCCCCCAUCCCCUGUCACCUGCUCUCCGGCCUCGGAUGAGUCCCCCCUCACCCCCCUGGAGGUGAAGAUGCUGCCUGUGUUCGAGACUAACCUCAACUACACCAGCCAAGAUGGGGGCAGCCCACUCUCACCCCAGUACAUCCGUCAAAGAGCUGACUCCUCACCGAGUCUUUCUGUCUUAAUGGCAGACAAGUCCACGCCGCCCUUGACUCCUCCUCCCCCUCCAGCAGCACUUCCACCUCCUUACCGCCCCCCAUCCCACUUCCCCUUUCCCCCUGAACCAAACUUAUUGGCCCUGACACGUGCAGCUUCUGUAGCUACCACCGAUUCCCCCAAAGUAUCCCAUAAAAUAGGACACGGUCUGGCAGAGACACCCCUAAUCAAUUCCAAGCCUCCCUUCUCCCCAGUAAAGACCUCACGGCCAGAGCCCCGCAGAGCUCAUUCCUGCACCUCCUCACCUCUGCUCUUCAAUCCUGCCAAUGGGAGACCCCUCACCAGCCCUCUGGACGAGCUCAGCACCCUUUUCAGCUCAGGGCGCAGCCUGCUCCGCAAGUCCACCACUGGAAGAAAGAUCCGUGACAGCGGACUCUCAAAUUCCAACAUUAACCUGCCAGGUCAAGAGGAUCAAGGCCCCAUCUCUCCAUCAGCACAUUUACAGGACAAAAAUGCCAACAACCACAUCUCACCCAACUCGUCAAACCCAGCACCCGUAGAGAACGGCAACCAGAUCUCCAAUGGGACAUUGGAAGACGAGGAACAUCCAAAGUCAAAUGCAUCCAGCAGCUCGGCAUUACACAGGCACAUGGACAGCCACCACACUCAGAGGGGUCACCUCAACUUCUCGCCCUUUGGUGCAGGGGCGGCGCUGUAGGCUGGGGGGCUGAAUGAGCCCUCAGGCCUGUGUAGGGAU